AUGCACUUCCAGACCCUUGCACUCUUUGUCGUUACGGCCUCGGCCGCUCAUAUCAAACUGAGCUUCACUCUCCAAGAGUCCUUUGCUGCCACCAACGCUCUAUACUACGACCUCCUCAAGGAUGGCAAGAAGAUUUGUGCUGGUACUGCGCACAACUCGGGCAAGUUUGGCAAAGCCAACUGGGACAUUGACUGCAAGAACAAGGUGCACAUUCACAUCGGCAUGGACGAUGGCUACCGUGGCAAGGCCACUGUCAAGGACGGCGGCAAGACCUACCACCUGAAUCUGAAGGAGAAUGGCCCUGACCACCAGUUUGGCUGCGGUGAUGAACUUUGCGUUGGUGUUGAGAAGAAGCGCAUUGGAGAAAACUAG